AAACACUUGUAAGAAUCUCUAAAUAAUCAAGAAAGUGAACUGAUAUUGUAUUAUAUUAUGCCCUAUUUAAUAGUAUUACUUUAACUUCCAAAAAUUUAAUGCAAAACUGUAACCUGUAAUAUAUAUGCAACGUCUUGAAGAAAUACGAUUUUCAACGUAAAUAUUUAUUACAAAGUUACUUAACCUAUUCCUACAAUCUGUCAUCGUAGUUCUUAUCAGCUGCUAUAUAAUUUUUAAAUAAACGUUGAAUAUGGCUUGUCAAGCGGCUAAUGCAACAAAUUGCGAAAAAAUGCAGAGUUCUAUGGAUAACAAAGAUAUAGACUUAAAAAACUGCAGGAAACUCAUCAAAUCGUAUAUCGAUUUGCAUUUAUAUAGUGCCGCUUUGUUUUGGGCCGAUAAAGUGGUUUCAUUGAGUAACGAAGAUCCAAAAGAUAUAUGCACUUUAGCUCAUUGUAUGUAUCUUAUGAAACAAUACCAUCGAGCUGCACACCUUAUUAGAAGUCGUGGACUUGAAAAGACUUAUGUAAUGUGUCAUUAUUUAGCAGUAAAAAGUCUUUACGAAGCUAGAGAAUAUAAUGAAGCUCUACAAGUCAUUAAUGAAUCUGAAAUUUGUACAAAUAUAAAUCAAUCGGGAAUUAGUUUUAAUGAUCGUCCUGAUAUUCUUGAAGAUACCUCAAAAAAUGUGCAAAGUGCUAUAUUAUAUGUAAAAGGUAAAGUCUAUCAAGCUAUGGAUAAUAGAGCAAUGGCAACAGAUUGUUACAAACAAGCUCUACAUUGUGAUGUUUAUUCAUAUCAAGCAUUUGAAUCUCUUGUACAAAAUCAAAUGCUUUCAGCAACAGAAGAAAGAGAACUUUUGGAAUCUCUUCCUUUUGGAGAACAAUGCACAGAAGCUGAAGCUGAUCUAUUACGUUUAUUAUAUGAAAGUAAACUAAAAAAAUACCAGGAACCAUACAAAAAACAAUCAUUGGCCACUUGCAGUGUGAUGGGAGUCCCUGUUAUUGAUAGAUUGUCUGAUAAUUUAGAUUUAGAAGUUUCUGAAGCUGAAAGACUAUAUUACAAUUGUGAUUAUCAUAAAUGUUUUUCGCUUACAGAAAGAAUUUUAAACAAGGAUCCAUAUCAUACCGCAUGUCUGCCAGUACAUAUUGCCUGCUUAGUUGAAUUAAAAAAGACCAAUGCAUUAUUUUAUUUGGCACACAAAUUGGUUGAUCUAUAUCCAGAUAUGGCUUUAGCAUGGUUUGCUGUAGGAUGUUAUUACUACAGCAUAGGUAAAAGUGAUCCAGCCAGAAGAUAUUUAGUAAAAGCUACCACAUUGAACAGUUUAUUUGCACCAACUUGGUUAGUGUAUGGACAUUCAUUUGCAGUAGAAAAUGAACAUGAUCAAGCAAUGGCUGCUUAUUUCAACGCGUCACAAUUAAUGAAAGGUUGUCAUCUUCCACUUUUAUACAUAGGACUGGAAUGUGGAUUAACAAAUAAUCUUAAACUGGCUGACAAGUUUUUUCAACAGGCUCAAGAAAUAGCACCAAAUGAUCCAUUUGUUAUACAUGAAAUGGGAGUAAUAUCUUUCUAUAAUAUGGAUUACAAAACUGCAGAAAGGCAAUUUAAGGAAGCUAUGAGAAGAGUUCAAUGUGGACUUAAGGAUGUAAUUUUACCUAGUAAAUGGGAAGCACUCUUGAAUAACUUGGGUCACACGUGUAGAAAAAUGAAAAAAUAUGAAGAAGCUUUAAAUUAUCACCAACAGGCAUUAGUAUUAAAUCCUCUAAAUCCAUCAACAUAUUCAGCAAUGGGUUUUAUUAAUGCUUUAAUGGGAAAUAUACAAGAAGCAGUUGAUGCUUUUCAUAGAGCUUUAGGACUUAGAAGAGAUGAUACAUUUACAACUACUAUGCUAACUUAUGUUAUGGAACAACUUAUUGAUGAAGCUCCACCAUAUCCUGAUGCACCUAUCGAUAUUCCAAAAUACACAAAUUCUGAUUCUAGAGUAGAACCAGAAAUAAUAGAAUCUGCAAAAACUUCUAAUAGCACAGUUAAUUCACAAGAUCAAGACAUUGGCAAAUUAAGAGUAAAUUUAUUUUCUGGAUGGGGUGAAGAUUCGAGUAAAGCAGAAACAAAUACAUCUAAUAGAAUUACUGAUUCCAGAGAUGCUGUUGUAAACUAUUCAACCGGUGAUAUGAGUUCUGAAGUUGAAAUGUUAGAUUCAUCAACAGCUCAUAUAGAAUAUAAUUAAAUUAUAAUUAAAUGUCUCGUAAAAGGAAUAAAUUUAUUAGAUAAUAAA